AUAUACGUACAUUGCUUUUGUGGGCGCCCACAAUGGAGACAAUCGGAAUGUAGUUGAAACCCGAAAAACGCCAAGAGGCCUUGUAGAGAGAGAUACAGAUUGGCUUGAAAGCCAGAGGAAUGCAGGUUCCUUGGCCUCGGGGAAAUUACGUCAAUUCCUAUUGCCGAUUUCCCAGUUUGUCGAAUAUUGCACCGAAGUGGCUCUCCGAUUAUGGUCGGUGCAGCCUACGGUUUUGGCAACGAUGUACACACCUGGCGAUGGCCGAGGCCAGCGAUGAGGGCGUGACCCGUCCCGAGGCUGAGCCACGAGAGGCUCCCAAUCCGGCUGCUGACCUUGCCCUGCGGAAGUUUGGACUGUCGUGGUGCAGCAGCAACUGGGGCCACGCCAAACUGGUUUUGCUUCCUUCGCCGCCUAAAUACUACCCACAUAAAUACGCGAAGAGUCAUCCAAUCGUACAUAUUUACAUACAGUGGUGCAGGGGUGCAGGGGGGAACAGCCCAAGUAUGACGGAUAAGCUGUCAUUAGCCGAUCCUAACGCAUGCUCCAAUGAAAGCUUCCACCAUCCCCAGCAAAGAUGCCACGCAAGCUCCUUAAAUUCCUGAUCAUAUUCGACAACACCUCACUGCUUUACUUCCCGGGACAGUUCCUGUCCGGCAGGGUACUCAUCGAGCUCCAGGACGAGACGCCGGCCCUGGGCCUUCACUUUCAUGUGGUGGGCGAGGGCGUCGUCCGCAAUGGACGUCGGCAGGAGCGAACCUACGACAAGGAGAACUACAUCGAUUUUCGGAUGCGGCUGCUCGGAGACGUGGACCAAGGCGGGCCGGCCAUCCUCUCCCCAGGCAUUCACAGUUUUCCCUUCAAGCUCGGAUUGCCGCAUGGCCUACCCUCCACCUUCCUAGGUCGCUAUGGCUGGAUCCAGUUCUAUUGCAAGGCAGCCCUGCGCGAAAACAACGGUGUCAUCCACAAAAACCACCAGGUCUUCAUCGUGAUGAACCCCAUCGACCUGAACCUGGAGAAGCCCAUUCUGGCGCAACCAUUCACCUGCGAGGUGGAACACAAGUUGGGCGUCGUCUGCGUAGGCGGAGGGCAGAUCAAGUGCAGAGUUUCUCUGGACCGCGGCGGGUAUGUGCCCGGCGAGAACAUUCUGGUCACUGCGUUUAUUUCCAAUCACAGUAACGUUUCCGUCAAACGGACAAAGGCGUCACUCACAGAGACCAUAGAGUACCUGGCUCGGGGCAAGGUUGUGCAGACGGAGAAGCGGGAGCUGGCCGUGUUAGUGCGCGGCAAGAUCCGACCGGGCGGCAAGGACGAGUGGCACAACGAGCUGUAUGUUCCACCUCUGCCGCCGACGAACCUGCAGGGCUGUCACUUAAUCAAGACUUCCUACGAUGUGUUCUUCGUGAUUGAGCCCAAGUCCCUGGAGAAGGAGAUCAAGCUGCAGCUUCCCAUCGUACUUGCCACUUAUCCGUUCCGAAACUCCGGCGACUCCGCGAAUGCAAACACAUGGCCGGAGUCGGUGCUCAAACCGGACACCCACACCCACUAUCCCUCCACUCUCCCCAUUUUCCGGCCCUGGCUGCAUGACAAGCCCAGCGAGGCAUAGCACAGGAGCCGCAAUAUUCGAGCCCCAUAGCCACAGGAAUGCCCAUAGUUCAGUUAACAACGAUGCGCCAUAAACAAGCUUAAUCUACUGUAUUUAACUCGUUCGUCUGUAGCUCGGAAAUUCUGUAAAUGUAAACCGAUUAAACUAAAACCUAACAAUGUUA